ACACAUUUCACAGAGCUGCCUUGUGACUGUAUAUCUUUGGUUACGCUUUUGAGAGCGUGUGCCUGGGAUUGGGAAGAGGUUCCCCUUCUGUGAACUCUCUUUGGCUCAUCCUCAGGACCCCAGGUACAAAGCAUCUCCCCUCCCACCCACAGUCCCCCAGCUUCUGAGGGAGGGAGCGAGUGUUGAUAACCGACCAGACAGAGAAUUGAGAUCCUUAACGCCCUGACAACGCAAAAGGGGCAUAACUGGUUUGGUCUUUUGUAACUGUGUUAAUUACAUUCAAAAAAAGGGGAUUGAAUUACCAUCGUCCGGGAAGGAUGUGGUUUCUCGCUGGCAUCACACCUUUCAGAGGCUGCUUCGGAUUCACAACAGAAGGAAGAGAGUUUCUCCUGCGUCAAUUUCUCAGCGUUUGCACCAAAUCCGACCUCCCCGCUGAGACGUUUGGUAAGAGACAUGGCACACAAGAGAACGAGGGAGGUCGAGCAGUCAAAGAUGAUACUGUCCAUGAACUGGAAAGAGGAAAUGUUACUCCAGAAGAGACUGAGCCUCCUGGAUUCCCUGAAGAGGCAGGUGGCCGACUUUUACUCGCUCGACCAGAGGGUUGCGUACCGCCGCUUUCGAGGCAAACUCUGGCGCUCGGAGCUGGCUCACGCCCGGCUGAUGGGGAGGAAGGAGCUGGUCGAGCGGCUGCAGCAGGUCAGCGCCCUGCCUAGCUUCCACACCACCGUCGGCGACGGCAGCCAGGCGGCGGUCAGGGGAAUCCUGCGGCGGGCCGCCUGCAGCCCUCUGCUGAGCUCCCCGUCUGCCGGAGGGCGGACCGUACCUGGGACAGCCCGAGGGGUCGGCAGCAGGCACCCCGGGGCGAGAGCCCACACCUCGGCCGCCGCUGCAGCGGGGACCAGCGGCGAAUUCGUCCCGAAUGGCAGGCAGGAGUGGGGGGGCGGCAGGCUUAGGGCUGUUCAGCCCGAGUGGGAGUGCACGAGCCGGACUGCAGCGAUAACCAGGGACUCGCCCCGCAACAUCUUCUUGAACCUCGGAGAGCGCGAAGAAAAGCUGCCCCUGCUGGAGAUCCACGCUUACCUGAGUGGCCUGAUGCAGCUGGAGGAGAAGGUGAAGAGUUUCCUGCAGCACAGUCCCGGAGCGAGGGAUGAUGAUGACUCCGAGAGGCUGCAGGCGCUGGGAACACAACCCAGCCACAAACCGCGGCAACUCUCCGCUGAACUAGACCAGGAGGCGGCUCCCUGGCAUUUUGUUGGCAAAGAGUUGCAUCACCGAAGCAUAACCUUUAAAAAACUAGACGAAGGGUUUUGCUCGUUGGGCUGUCCUUGUUGAUUAUUUCCGAAACAUUCCCGCUUCCUGGUCAAAAUUACGCCCCCACCCCCAACUUACAACUUUUUAAUCAGUUUUCGGGCUGUGUUUCAGUUCCGUACAGUCGCUGGCAUGAAGAACAUGGCAGUUGUUUUUUUGAUCUAGGCGCCCCGACACGACAGAAUGACUUCCCUUUACCAAAGCAACGAGAGCACUGUGUAGUUAUGAAAAUUUAUGCCUUGCAUAAGGUGUUGGGAAAUCACUCACAAAGCCACUAUUUGUUGCACAUCCUUAAACUUGAGUAGUUUGCUGGGCCAGCCACAAGUCAGAGAGUAAUGUGACAGACCAGGCAAGUGCGAAGGGUCAGGAAUAGCGAUAAUGGCACGGAGUCAGAAAUCCAGAAUCCCAGGUCAACAUUCUGCCGCUUUAGGUUUGAAUCCCACUACGGCAGACGGUGAAGUUGAAUUCAAUAAAAAGCUAUCCUAAUGAUAUCCCUGAAGGGUCUCGAACCGAAACGCCAGCUUUCCGGCUCCUCUAACGCUACCUGGCCUGCUGUGUUCACCCAGCUCCACACUGUGGUAUCUCAUAGUCCAGCAUUAGCAGUUCUUACUAUCCUAAUGAUGACCAAGUAAUCAUUAUUGAAUGGUGUAAAAACCCAUCUGCCUCAACUAAGGAAGUUCAGGGAAGGAACCCUGCUAUGGUCAGACUGGGGGAGGACAACAAUGUGGUAGACUCUUAGCCGAGCCCGUGACACCCACAUCCCAUGGAUUUCAGAAGAAAAAGGACAGUUUUUAAAUAACAAUUAUCAGUUACCAUCAAGGCUAGUAAUGUAUACUAGGUACAUUAAGUGAAUUAAUUGAAUUUAAAUUUCACAAUAAUGGGAUUUGUACUCUCUUGAGCAUUAGUCGAGUGAUAUCUUCAUAAACCUGGCUUUCUUAAUAAAUUCUGUUUUACUAACUUGAA